GUAAUAGAGGUAAUUGCCUCGCUGUUGCACGCGGGUGUAAGGGGCAGGAUCUGCAACACACACACACACACACACAGAGUCAGUGUGUUCUCUGCACGCGCUGUUUCUAACUGAACCGAACCCGCACUGCUCGGAAACCUGAUGCGUCCCGCACGCGCACGCGCGCGCGCCCGGUUUACAGUCGUUCCGGAAUGACACACUCACGCGGACACACUUCCUGAGCCGCUUUCAAGGAUUCCUCUUCCCCCCUCUGGCUGGAGGAAAGUGGGCGUUUGCUUUUUCCUAAAGCACGGAGAACUCGCAGUACAGCUCCUCCAGCGCGAGACUGCACUGCACUGCACGCGCUGCGCGUUUCCCCUCCUCAAGAUAUGCACGUGAAUACACACACGCCUGUCUUAAGCCUCGUGAGAAGGCUGUAUAAUCCGUUAAUUCUGAAUGUAACGAAUUGUAAGAGCAGCCUACACUGAGACGCUUCUGGGACCGGACAUGGCGAACGGAAAUCUUUACGAUAACCGGCGCAUCGUGGAAAAGUAUCUGAACCACAAACUGUCGAAAAACGGCCACGCGUGGGAGUUCCAUGGGUGUCGCGCGAGCAGUUUGGACGACCAGGAGGAGCGCGAGAAGGAGAGCGCGCGCCGCGCCACUCUGCACAGAGCUUUGCGCGAGGCCGGUGACGAACUAGAAAGCCUGUACCGACCGGACUUGGCGGAGAUGACGAAGCGCCUGCGCGCGACUCCGGUGGGCGCGGAGCAGCGGUGCUUCGCGGCCGUGGCGGACGAGCUGUUCCGGGACGGAGUCAACUGGGGUCGCGUGGUGGCCUUUUUCGAGUUUGGCGCGAUGGUGUGCGUGCAGUGCGCGCCGGAGGCCGAGAGGAGCGCGUGCGCCGAGAACGUCGCGCGCUGGAUGGCCGAGUACCUGAACGGCCCGCUGAACGGCUGGAUCCAGGAGAACGGAGGAUGGAUUACAGAAGAUCACCUGAAGAUCUGGAUGUGGUUUGAAGCUCACAUUUACACAAAAGAGUUUGGGAUGCCUUUGUGGAGCUGUACAUGAGGAAAAAGGACUCGGUGUUCAGCAGCUCUUGGCCGUCCUUAACGACUUCCGUCUUCAGUUUGGCGGCACUGGGGGCAGUCGGCCUCACCAUUGGGGCUUAUCUCACUCAGAAAUGAAGAACUCCAACCGUCCUCUCCUCCUUUCCUCCCUCGUUCCCUCAGCACCUUGGAGGUGCUCACAUCCUGCAUGUUUCUUCAAAGCCUCUCAUAUUCUUGUCAUUAUUCACAAGUCCUUCUUCACUCGCCCUCAAAAGAAUAUGACUCAGAUGUGAAAGCUAAGUAAGGAUUUGUUCCAAUAAAAAAAAAAAAAAAAAAAAAAAACGAGGUGACUGAAAAGAAAUGGUCACUCGCCCUGAGGAAUACCAUGUCGAUGAUUAUUCUUCCAUUUUGUGACAUUUAUGGAAGCUAAAUUUCCUCAGAAAUAUUCGGCCUGGACAUAACAUUAUCCGCAUUCAUGAUGACUUUGGUAUUUUCCAGACAAUACGAUUGUUUGACAACUUGUAAUUAAUUUUAUUAGCAGCUUUUUUGUCUGCUCAAUCACUGCUGCUGCUCCAAUAAUGCUAGUUUAUAUCAUGUUAGUGCCAAACUAACAGUUAGGAACCAUAACCUUCCUGUAAUUGCUGGAGUUAAAAACACUAACAAACACGCAAUGUGAUAAGAACACUGUUGCUAGGCAACCAGGGAAAGACAGUCGCCAAAGACUCCUCUCUGUUAUUUGACUGUAAAUGAGGAUAAAAUUAGCUAGCUAGCUGUUAUGGAAAGGCACAGCAGCAGAGGAAAUGGCGCAGAACUAUCCGGAACGUCGACGUUUCUCUCAGAUGUGUUGGCAAAAUCAGGAAGAAAGACUCUGUAUGGCUAAAAUGGCUGUAAUUAGCAUUUAGCAUUCUUCUGUGGGUUCAGCCAUAUUGAGAAAUGCCAGCGCUGCAUCACAGCUCAAAGGCGCUGAUCAAGGUGUGAGGACGUGAUUGCUGCAUGAGUGCGUGUGGAAUUGUCCUCGAGAUAUUCCGGAAAAUAUGGUACUCCUGUGAGGAAAAUGGAAAAAGUCAAAGGUCAAGCAAAAGGUCUCUUGGUCUCGACAGUAUCGUUUGAGGACUACAAGGACGACCGAGAAGAUGAAUGGAAAACAUGUUGAGGAUGGAACGCUGUUGCCAUCAGUAACAUCAUAAAAUUAACAUCACUGGGACAUGACAUCAUUAUGAUGGUCUUUUUUUAAGUAACUACCAAAAUAAAAAUAACAAUUUUUUUUUUAUUUUUUUUUUUUAAGUAUGACAUUUAACAGUUGUACUGAAUGUUUUUUUUCAGAAAUGUGCUUUUCAACAUAAGUGUAAAAAAAAGGUCCCACAGAUUUUUUUUUUUUAAGUCCUGAUGCUCACCUUUAACAUGGAUCUUUUUUCCUCUCACCUCUUUGUCCUCGUCAAACUUGGGACUGGUUCUGCAUUCACUUACUUCUCGAAAAACUGAGAUGAAAAAGAACGAUACCAGAAUUUGGCAAAUUGCAAGAGCUGAACAUUUGGAGCCAAACUCCUGCUGAUGUACAGUACAAAAAAAUCUGAAUAUAUAUCCAAUUUCUGGCUUUACUGCGUUUGCUAAUCGUUGAUUGGAUCAGGACAUCACUAAUACAGCAAAUGUCUAUUUUGAUGUCAGAAUUUGGAGAUGAAAACAGACUUCACAUUUUAGCUGCUCUUAGGAAACUUACGUAUGACAAACUUUAGAUGAAACUUCCAUCCAAUAUGGCCACCGCAUCCAGCUAAAUGUCUCUCUUUAACAUUACCACACUGAGAGAAUUCAGAAAGUCAUUUCUAAUUGUUGUGUCUGUUUGUAUAGCAAAAUGUGUCUUGUUAAAUGUGUAAGAUAAGUGUGAACAAAUCUGACUAUCUGACUGAGAAGGACUGACUGAGGGACGCAACACUGGUUUAGUCGAAGGGGUGAAGAAACAGUCUGGUGGAAAAAAAAAAAAAGAAAAUCUAUACAUUUUCCACUUUCUCUGAAUGUACUCCAUCAAACAAGACGUGUUUAGUGUCUGAAAUUUGCUUAUUUAGUUUUUGACUGAAGCUUUGGCUAAUAAUAACAAUACUCAAAAUAAUACUUUAAUAAGAAUUAAAAUCUAUCUCACCCAAAAUCUUUCCUGCAAAUAAACACAAGCUGAAAUCUUCAUAUACUCACUUCAGAAGCCACUCUUAUGCUCCUUCCUUUAAGUAACUGACUUAGUAACACUUCAAUGUAAUGUUUGGUAAUAAAUUAUUAAUAAUCAAUUGGAAAGUAGUUCGCUAAUUAAAACUGCUUCUAAAUUUGUUUUAUAAAAAAUUAGUAAAUACAAAAAAAAAAAAAAAUUGCAGAAAAAUUACAGAUUGGCAUGGAUUCUCAACUCCUGUUUUAUUUUAUUAUUUUAUUUUAUCCUGUUUUAUCAGAUUUAAUACUGUGUAUUAAUUAAAUGAUAGUUUUUAACUUUUAUACACAAAUAUUAAUAUAUUAUUUUAAAUUUAUUUCAAACUUUAUCUUUUUAUUUACUAAUUAAAUAAUUGCUAAUUAAAGCUUAAUGAUACUUAUAUCAUUAAACUUUAAUUAGUAAAUUACAUAAUACUUGCUUAUAGCUGCUUUAUAACUGAACCCUACAUUAAAGUGUUAUCAAUGAUGUUGGAAAAUAUCAUUUGAACAAAUUUAAGUUCAAUUCCCAUCACAUCCUUUUUUCCGGUACAAUUCCGCCUUCAAACUUUUGUGAGAUGGGGAUUUACAUCGUCAGCGUUACAGAAGGACUGGACACGGUUUGAGACUCGUAUUUACAAGAUUUUAGGUGAAAUAGAUAUUACAAGUUAUUACAUGCUAGCUAAUUUUACCUCGCUAAUGAAGUGAAUAUUCGCUAUUUGGAGUACAAUCAGUUUUCUGAUAAACUGUUCCUUUAAAGGAGGAAUGAAUAAGGAAGGUGAAUGUGUGCAAGAGCAUAACAUUUGUUAACUAAUGAAGAUGUCUGGAAUGUUUAUGAGAGAAAAUGUAUGUAGGAAAUUGACAGAAUGAAUCUGACACAAUAACACUUAAAUCUGAGAGUUCAGUAAGAUACUGAAGUGUAUGCGUUCAUUGAGAUGUGAUAUAUCAUAAGAUUAGAGGCUAUAGGAAGCUGAAAAUCACUUUCAAGAUGGCUGACACACCGCAGGACUGAAUCCAGCAGACCAAACAUGCUGGGACAUUUUAUUAUUAAAAUUUGCCAUUGUUGUUGUAUACUACAUACCACGCCCAAAGUCCCAGAUGGUUACUACACCCUUGUGAACGUCUCCUCAACAAUUCCCUUAAAAAUUCCUGUCAUCUGACUAAACAGAUUGAUUCAAGAAAGCAAAAAAUGAGAGUUAACGUUUGUUUAUUAAUGGAAACGAAAACCUAACAACUUUAUUUUGCUAGCUAGUUAAGUAGCAAUCCAGCUAGUUAUCAUAAAUGGUCAGAGGUUCUUAGCUAGGUUCUUUGCUGUCAGUCAAACAAGGUGGGUGGGACAGGAAACAGGAAGUAGUAAGAAGUAAAAAGCUAGUGACAGAGUGGGUCAGGGAAGCUGAAUAAAGUAUUUGAAUAUGAAGUUCAUAUGUAUUUGAAUUAUAUACAUGUCACAUGAAAUAAAAAUUUUUUCUGUAGUGUGUUUAAUAAAUAAAUUUACGUUUUUGCCAAUGUUUUUGUUUGUUUUGAACUUGCUAGGGGUGAGCUUUUUUUUCUUUAAAAAAAUACAAUUGAAAAUUUCAGGCGAUGGAUUUGGGAUUUGAUGUAAAUUGGGUCAAAAGUGAAGCUUACAGGAUUCGCAGGGAAAAAUAGACACUUUCAGAGUAGUCGAAUAAAUAAAAAAAAAAGAUUUAUGUUAUAAUAGUUCAAAUAGCGAGUUUUCUAAACACUGGGUGUCCAGCGUAACUAUUUAGGUAACAUUACAACCAGUUAGGCUAUGCUAAUGUAUAUAGCUAGCUGGCAAUCGUUAGCUAGCUAACAGCCAAAGUGAGCUGUUUAAUAGGAAUUUAGCUAUUUGGUAAAUCCUGAAUGGUAAUCCUGAAUGCUUCACAUUUGACCUAAAAUCUAAUAAUACUGAGAUUUGAAUUUUUUAUUCAGGGUUCUGAUUUUUUUUUUUUUCCCAAAACAUAUCCUGUAAUUUUGAAUUGUAUGUUGUUACAGACAAAUUUUACAACAGAAAAAAGAAUGAUUUAAUGUGAUGUGUAUAUAAUUCUAAUAUACAAAAUGCUAAUUUAAAUACUUGUUGUUAGCUUCCAAGCUCCAUAUUACUAGAAAUACUCAGAAAGAGAAGCAGAACUGGGGUCAUUUAAAUGCACAUAUUUUUCUUUUCUUCAAAAAAAAAAAAAAAAAAAAAAGCUACAGAUUUAAAUGUGCAAAAACGAACAAAAACUAAACUAGCUGGGAAAGAACGCUGGAUUGUUAAGUACCUUUAAUGAGUUUUUGUGCGUGUGUGUGUUUUCCACCGUUUACGCUACUUAAUUAUUACCGUCACACUAACAGAUUUCCCCUAAAUACUCCUCCUUUCAUUUUCAUUAUUUAUUUAUUAGGUACCUUAACAACUAAACAAUCAUUUUCCCUACAUUUUAUUUUAUUUUAAAUUUCAUGUCUAGAUUUUUUUUUUAUCUACAGUUACAUUUAAUAUAUAAAGACUUUAUUAUUAGGAUCUUAAUUUGCUUCCUAAAAUGCUGCUUACAGUCAUUAUUAAUAGUGAUUAUUAUAUAAAUCAGAAAAAAAGAGAAAAAAAAUAUAUAUUUAUUGAACAUUAACGUGUCUUCACCUGUUACUGUAGCAAUAACGUGAUACGCUGUCACAGAUUCUAAUAGAAACAUAUUCAAUGUUUAAGUUUUUUUUUAGAAUAGUUUUAUCUUAAUUUUAUCAGCUGAAGGCAUGUGAAAUAAAUCCGUUUUUGUCUGCUGAUGGAAAUAAAGCCUCUUUCUUUUAAACCA